UGAGCCUUUUGUCUAGGUUUAUGCAUUCUCCCAGUGAAAUACACUUCAAGGCAGCCAAGAGGAUCCUAAGGUAUGUGAAGGGAACAACUGAUUUUGGUGUUCUUUAUAAAAGGUCAACAAAUGUGAAGCUAAUUGGAUUUACAAAUAGUGAUUGGGCUGGUUUAGAGGAAGACAUGAAGAGUACCUCAGGACAGUGUUUUUCUAUUGGUUCAGGGGUGAUUAGUUGGAGUUCUAAGAAGCAAGACUUAGUUGCCAAGUCAACAGCAGAAGCUGAGUACAUUGUUACUUCUCUUGCUGCAGAUCAAGCUGUGUGGUUUAGGAAACUGAUGAAUGAUUUAAAACAACCUCAGAUACAUCCUACUGAGUUGUUUUGUGAUAAUUUAUCUGCUGUUGCAAUUGUUAAGAAUCCUAUUCUUCAUGAUGACCAGAUUGCUGAUAUAUUCACUAAAGGAUUGCACAAGUUCAGAUUUGAGACACUAAGAGACAAGCUUGGGAUGAGCAGCAUUAGUGUCAAGGAGGAGUAUCUUGAAGCAAAGAAGAAAAAGCAUAAGAAAGCUAAAACAGAGGAGAACAUGGAUUUCCCUGGAAGAGAGCAGGUGAAAUUUGGAGAAGUGGUUGAAGCUCCACCAAAGUUGGUUGCAGUUCCUAAGAUAAUCAUAGCAUUCAAGAUGAAGACUGCACAAGAUGCUUCAAAGGAGAGGCUUCGCUUGCAGGCCAUCGAAGCAUACAGGAAUCGUAAAGGAUGGACCUCAAGACCAGGGGCAGUUGAGCUUCCUCCAGCCUUGGCCUCAUGAUAAACGUUGUAAAUUGAUUCUGCUUCAAGCAAAUACAUUAAUUGCCAACUUCUAUGGUGAACGUCAUUCAUUGCUGGCAGUGUAUUCUCAAUUUUGUUAUUUUGAUGGACUUAAAGAGAAUGAUGCCAAUGAUUCUGUUGACUC